AUGACUGCAUAUUGCUUUACUAACUGGAUGAUAGAGCUCCUUGAUUUGUACCACCGUUUGCAAGACACCACUAGAGAAUGGAGAUCAAUUGGAGCGCAAGGGGUGGACAAUUUCGAGACUAAAGCCGAAUGGCUGGUUGAGAAUCUCGAGUUUCUCAAGGAUUCUAUAGAUACUACGUGUUCCUUUGACAAUGUUCUCGUUGUCGUUAAAGUGGAUCGUUUCUCGAGACGAAUGAAGAUGGAAAUCUCGAGAAAAGAUUCACAGGAGAGAUUGGCAUCCUGUCACGUUAUGACUUCAUCCAUCCUGUUCUACAAAGAGCACUUCAGAAAAACCUCACCAGACUUCUUUAUUGAUCCUAUCAUGCAAACUGGUUUCUGGGACUUGACACAUGGGACUGCUACCCCCGACAAUUUCCAGGCAGGGCAAGUAAAGAUCCAUGGGGCCAAGGCAUCCCAGAUAUGUGACGAGCUGGAAGAAAUUGUAGAAAAUUGCAAACGAGGUACUGAGGAUGCGCAGAAGAAAUUCUUGAGAGCGCUUGGUAGUACAUAG